AUGUGGGCAGUACUUCGCGAUACGGCAGUCAGUUUGCUGGCCGAAAUACACUCACUGCAGAAUGAGGCCAAAAUGUCAAUUAUAAUAGCAAUUGUCUUUAUGGGAUUGCUUGAGCUCGGACGAUCGCAAUAUCUGACGAACACUGUACAUAAGACAUCAGCUGCGACCGAGAAGAUUAAUGAUCUCUGGUGCUACUCGUGCAAUGCGACCGACGACGGUGAAUCCUGCAUCGAGCUGGCGUCGGGCAACAAUGCGUCCUACGUUAAAAAGUGUAACCCGGACGAGUUCAUCUGCAUGGUCAAACAAUUUUCCUACACGACCAGCACGGAAAAUUCCACCUCCACGCCGAAGCUGUGGUCCUUGGAGCGGCGCUGCAUCAACACGUGCGAGGCCGGUUGCAUAAUCAUAGGGGAACGGACGAAGCUGUACGCGUGUACCAGUUGCUGUGAAAAGUCGCUCUGCAACACGGGCCGGGCGCACUCGACCAACCUGAUCGCACACUUCCGGCGCACAUCGGCCCUCGGGUUGACCAUUCUAGUGUUGCUUAGCCUAGCGAAACCCAUCCUGUGCGUGGCCCUCUAG